AUGUCAUCGACGACUAGUAGCUGGGCUAAGCUACGACAGCAGGCGCGGUCUCUAGAAGUACAAACCGAGACAAUAUUCCACACAUAUUCUCAACUUGCCGCAACGGGGAAUUUACCUCCUAAACCAUCCGAAGAUGAAAAAGAAACAGAAAAUAAACUGUACGAAAUACUGGAUAGACGCGAGGCUCUAAUUGGCCAACUAACACGUCUUCUGGAUUCUGAGGCAGCGCUCACGGCUUCCUCUCUUAAGCAAAACAAUCUCAUGCGUCAUCGCGAAAUUCUACUUGAGCAUCGAAAAGAAAUGACCGGUUUGAAAUCACAAAUUGAGGCAGCGCGAGAUAGAGCGAACCUCUUGUCAAGCGUCAGAUCCGACAUAAACGCACAUCGUGCAAAUGACCCAGAGUCCGGUGAGGCAGAUUAUAUGCUGGGAGAAAGAAGACGAAUUGAUAAUAGUCAUAACAUGGUUGAUAGUGUCUUAAGCCAAGCCUACGCAGUUAACGAAGGAUUUGUCUUGCAAAGAGAGACACUCGCUAGCAUUAACCGUCGGAUUACCAGCACAGCUGCACUAGUUCCUGGUUUAAAUAAUUUAAUCGGGAAAAUAUCUGCCAAAAAAAGAAAGGAUGGACUCAUCAUGGCAGUCUUUAUCGCUUUGUGUUUUGUAUUUUUCUUUUACCUCAGAUAA